CUAACAAACCACAGCUGCCGUCUGUUGGUGACUAUAAAACGUGACCAUCUCCACCAACGUCACAACUUUCGCCGUUUCUCAUUUGUGACUGUUGUCUGAACCUUCCCCAAGCAUGAAGAUUGUGAUUGUGAUUCUAUCCAUGGUGGCCUUCACCGGACAAGACGUAGACGCACUCCGUUACUCCCCCGCUCUGCAGGCAAAUCGAUACCACCCCCACCCCCAACAAUCUGCGGCUGAACUAGCCAUGACGGUCACCCCGAGUGUACUCGAGCUGGGACUGACGCCAUCUUUCACUGUCAACUGUGCCCUGAUAGAGAGCGAGGAGGUCAAGAUUGUGUCCAUCACCCUGUCUAGACAGACCAUACGUAAAGACGGCACCCUCUCCCCCAAGAAGGAGAUGCUGGCCACCGUGGAUGCCAUGACUCCCCGGGGGGCGCGCAGAUCUCUAGCCUAUCCCCAGGUGACCGUCCUGGGAGAGAUUACGACCCUAGAGUCAGAGAUGGGCAGUUACCUGACCAUCGUCUGGCCCACUCCUAGUGUCGACGACUUUGGUGUCUACACCUGUGAUGCGAAGGUUGUUGGGGAGUAUGGAGAACUCUUGCCCCUGACCGCCCAGGCUAGAAUCAGCAGCUCAGCACCUGGAGUUGACCGUCUGCUGAUUGCCAUUAGAACUAUGGAGUACAGACUUGAAGGUUUUAACAUGACUUUAGCUGAGCUGCAGGAUCAAAUACUCAACAUCUCUGCUUUAGCUGACCAGCGUGAGCAGAUGCUCCUGGCCCAACUGGCAGUCACGCCAGCAACCACAGCCACCACCACCACAGCUGCGCCUACGACUACCGCAGCGCCUGAGACCACGGAGGAGACAACCACCACGGAGGAGACAACCACUGAAGCAACAACACCAGAGUUACCUACAGAACCAACAACAACUGCAGCACCAACACCAUCGCCAUUGGACACAGUGCUAGCUGCCAUGGAACUUCUGACCGCUAAACUGGACGCCAUCAACGAAACUCUUCAGAACCUUGAGGAGAAGGUCAGCUCGGUGGAAGCUGCAGUGGAACCAGUGAAUGCAACAGAAGCUCAAGUCCAAAACCUGACGCAAGCUGUAGAGGUACUGACAGAUCAGGUGGAGACUUUCAACAGAACAGUGACUGACCAGGGGGAGAAACUCGACCCAUUGGUCACACUCGUGGAAGUUCUUACAGCCAAACUGGAGGCUCUUAACGCUACUUUGGCAGCUCAAGAAGAGAAACUGGAAACACUGGCCACAAAAGUGGAGGAAUACGAAAACGAGACAGAGACUGUCACUGACAAGUUCUGGGUGUAUGUGGUGGGCAACUCGGUCUACCUACUGGUCAAGGGUGAAGAUGUUCUGGACAGCGCCAAGGCCCAGGCGGCUUGUCAGACCAAACUCAGUUACCUGGCCGAGGUCAAUGACCAGGCGGAACUGGACACAAUCGUCUCUCAAGUUGGGUUUAACGUGACCGGCAGCUCACCUGUCCUGGUUGGUGGACAAAGGGUGUACGGCAGUGUCGAGUGGAUCUGGCAGGACAGUUUAGAGCCGGUCAGCUUCUUCGCCUGGGCAGCUGGCGAGCCCGCCAUGGCCAGUCUAAGCAGUGAUUGCAUCGCCCUCAAGACCGCAGGGGGCGUCACCCAGAUGGUGUCCACCGCAUGUCAAAGCGCGGUCACUGAGUUCUUCUUCCUGUGCGAGCGUGUUAAUUAACGCCCCUUGCAAAUUACAUGCUUUUUAAAUUAUGUAGAUCGGUGGUUAAAUAUGAUAAUUAACCCUCUAACAAUAGUUUUAAUAUAAAUAUCUCGGUCAGUAAAACAUGUAAGGUUUCUGGUUGAACAUAAUUUACUUAGUUAUGCCCCUUUAUCUUUCUGUAAACUACCUUUGAGCAGGGGUACAAUAGCUUUCUUAAUUACCUGCAAACUGUGAUAUCAAGAUUAUAAUUUAUAUAUCACUUAAAAACGUAAUAUAUUUAAUCUAGCAGUUCUUUUUCAUUAAUAUAUAAUAUUUAUAUUAUUAUAUAUAUAGAAUAUAUAUUAAUAAAUAACCAAUAAUUUACACAAUUAAAAGCCAUGUACAUAACCAAUCAAAUGAUUCAUAAAAAAAUGCACGAGCAUUAACACGCACACACACACACAUGGAUACAUGCACCCAGAAAAAUGUAAACAUUAAGACGGGUUUUGUUUUGUUUAUUAUCUCCCCUUCACCAUGAACUGUCGCCCACCAACUCUGUAUAACCAAUUAGUUAGAGAAAGGUAAUUAAAAACAAAAGAAAUCUACUUGA